UGAGCUUUGGGCCCACUUAAUCCUCAAGAAUGUUUUAGAAUUUGGGUCACUUUAACUACAGCCCCAAAUAGAAAAGCUAUUUAUUGGGAGUUAAAUUUUAAUCCAGGAGGCAGGAUAGUUUUUUCUGGUUAUUAUGGCUAAAUUAGAGACUCUGAUAGCCACUGUUACUCCAUGUGAGAGCAUGCAUCAUCUACUAUUAUCUGUUGGUGGAAGCUAGAAAAAGAUGGAUCUGGGAUAUAGACACAAGACGACAAAUGUUUAACUUGGAUCAAUGUCUUUGUUUCAAAGGUUGUCCUUUGAUAAGGAAGGAAUGAUUAAGAGAGCUAAGCGCCUCAUUGACCUUUAUAAGGAAGCAGGAAUUGGUAAAGAUCGCAUUCUCAUAAAACUGUCAUCAACGUGGGAGGGGAUUCAGGCAGGCAAGGUUCUGGAAGAGGAGUAUGGGAUCCAUUGCAACAUGACUUUACUCUUCUCCUUUGCUCAGGCAGUGGCCUGUGCUGAAGCUGGAGUCACCCUAAUUUCCCCCUUUGUAGGGCGUAUCCUGGAUUGGCAUGUUGCAAACACAGACAAGAAGACUUUUGAGCCCUCAGAAGACCCAGACUUGUUCCAUAAUCCCGAGACUCCUCUUUACUACUGAACAUAGCUGAUAUAUGGAAGAAGCCAGCUUUGGUAAGUGGUAGUACAUAACUUCAGCUUAAACUUAAUGCUUCUUGCCUCUAUCCAAACACUUUUUUAAAGGGGUAAGACUUGGCUCAUCUACAGUAACAGCCAUGGUGGUCAUGAAGACAGUACAAGGCAAUCAGCAGUCCUUGUGGCACUGCUGUUGAGGGAAUCAAGGCUUUUCCACACCAUUUAUAUUCAGUUUACUUAAUAUCUUGGGUCCUUUCGCAUGCAUUAGCCAGUAACUACCCCAGAUUCAAGUCAAGAUGUCUGAUUCAGUUUAAACAGUGAUACUUUUAUAAAAUUAAAAAAAAAUUGGUGGGCUGGGAGGGAGAAACCACCUCUAAUUUGUAUCCUGGGACUCGAAGCAUUUUGUAAAAUCCUUCGAGCAAGAAACUUAGUUUAACACUAAUUCUGCAAGAAUGGAAUUCAUCUGAAGGACUUCAAGUAAGGUUAGAAGAGAUCAUACACCUAUACAACAGUCAACAUUUGAAACCCAGAGUCUUUAAAAACCAAUCUCUCUUGAAAUGGUACUAAAGUGUUGCAACUUAUUUGGUUUAGCAAUGUUUUGCUGUGGUGGCUCUUGCAUGUAGUCCUGGUAGCUGUACCACUCAUUUUUCCUUCCUCUUAGCUUUAUAAACAAAUAGUAAAUUACAAAAUUCAGACUGGGAAUUGUGCACAGCUGCAAUCAUGAGCUCUAUUAAAGGCUCUAAGCAGUGGGCAGGCUUGUUAUCAAUUGAGCUUUUUGUUAGGCAUCUGCUGAAUAAUUGGAACCGUUUGCUUGAGUCCUUUCUCUUGUCCAGUGUCUUGUGUAACAUUUUUGUACUGUGGGCUGAAAGUUUAGUGUCAUUAGGAGCCAGAUACAAACAUGAGAAACAUGAAUGCCCUAGCCUAAAUUUUAGACUAGCAGGAUAACUUCCCUUAAGAUAAGAGUUCAGAAUCAACAAUAUCUGAUUUACUCCCCAAAAUGUCUCCCUGACAACCUUGUCAGCAGUGUGCAUUGGGGUGGGGGAGCGGAUUUCAAACUUCAGCUAAUGGGGGA